GCCCCCUUGUCGGUCUCUUCCGCCGGAUCCGGAAGUGUGUGGCAGUGACCGUGCUCUCGCUACACGUGGUUGGCAGUGUGGUCUCCACGCUGAGUGAAAGAUGACGAAGAUAAAGACCGAAGACGCGGACGAGACACUCGAGAUCCCGGAGAGGAGUUACUCCGACCUCCUGGCUAAUCUGAACACCAUCGCCAAGCCGCUGGCCGGCCGCAAACUCACCAAGAAAAUCUACAAAUGUAUCAAAAAAGCUGUGAAACACAAGAAUAUUCGCAGGGGUGUGAAAGAAGUGCAGAAGUUCAUUAAUAAAGGAGAAAGGGGGAUUGUGGUGCUUGCUGGAGAUACACUUCCUAUUGAAGUCUACUGUCACAUUCCAAUAAUGUGUGAGGACCUUGGUAUUCCAUAUGCCUACACCCCGUCCAAAAAUGAUUUAGGAGCUGCUGCAGGUUCCAAGAGGCCAACAUGUGUUAUUUUAAUCAAAUCAAACAGUGAUUAUCAGGAAGCUUAUGAUUACUGCUUGGAAGAAAUACAGGCGCUGCCUUUACCAUACUGAACAGAUCUUUGCGGCAUGGACAUGUACCACAUCUCCAAACGACGGGGUCAAAAAAAUAAUUUGGAAUUCUUUUGUUAGCCAGAUCAACUCUUUUGUUUUUUUACAAACUGGCAUGGACAUGAAUUGAGGAAUCGGAGAUGUCUGUAAUUUGUGCAAGAAUCAGUUUAAUUUGUUUUGCUUGUGAUUGAGCAACUCCUAAAUACAACCCCAUGCACAGACAAAUGUGCUGUAUAUUUGCAGCAAUAUUGGCCAAUGCUGUAGGGUUUGAGGUUAGUUUUGUUUGACUGACAUUGGUUAUAGCUCAAGUCAGUGGAAUGAGUUAUGACGUUACAAAUAGACCAUCUUGACUGAGUCUUUGUUUAAUAAUUAUGAGAUGUGUUGGCAGACUUUGCUUCAUGCCUUGCAUGUGUACAUAUUUGAGUAAACGGUGAAUGUUGACUUUUUAUAAUUAAAGGUUUAUAAAAUAAGUCACUUUUUA